UUUCGAGGAGAAGAACUCGCCAAGGGUUUGACUGCGACAGGAGCAGGUGAUAAUCCGUUCGAGCCAGGUCUGGUGAAUACGGAAAAGAAGAAGCUGAAGGCGGCGUUGAAACAGAUACGAGAUCGAGAGAAGUGUCAAAGUGAGCUCACCGAUGUGCAGCAACAGUCAGUGACUGAAAUGCGACAGAAUGCGGUCCUUCUUGAAUCUCUUCAAACUGCUCCGCAGCCGCUUCCAGCAGCAGAGCUUCAGCAAGCACCUGAAGUCGAUGUCGACCAUCUCAGAUUAGCGCUCAAAGAGCUGGAGCUCGAAAAUCGUCUUUCACGAGAACUGAAUACAGAAUAUAGUCAUACAAUGCUCGAGAUGGAGAAGGAAGUGAUUGGAUUGAAGGCUCAAAUCACCUCACUACGUGGGGAAUCCGAGCAUUUUGAGAUGGAGUUGAAGUUGCACGAAAUGCUCGAGGAGGAGCUGGAAAGGGAACUGUCGGAUGUCAGAUCAAAGAACCGGGAACUCACAGAGGCCAUGCAAAGUCAUGAGGAGUCUCAAGAGCGGUUUAGUGAAAGAGUGUCUUGUGACGCAGUUAAGAACAAUGAGCGUUUGAACGAGCUCAUCUCAGAAGUUCGUGACCUACGUGAACGGAACGCUAUGUUGCAGCAACAGCUCAAUGUCGCGACAGACAAAAUUGCUGAGGAGGAAAAUCUCCUAGCUGAGGAGCGAGAGCACUUCUCUGAAAUAGACAAAGCACAUUGCGAAGAAGUAAGAGAGCUGUCGAUCACAUUAGCCGACGCUCGCCGUACAAUUUCGGAUAUGGAAGUGCGGUUGGCCGAGGCUGAGGGUAACUUCGCUCAGAGUCAAACCCUGAUUGCCGAUCUGACAAGUGCGCUAGACAAGAAAUCGCUGGAAUUUACACAACUUAAUCGUGAACUCAGUCGAGUGCGAGAAGCCGACGUCGUUCAGAUGGCAGCAGCAGCUCGACAAAAAUGCUUGGAUAUGCAGACUGGUCUUCUACGGGCUCCCAACACCACCUCUGAACUUGUGGCCAACGUGCUUGUCGGCGAAACUGAAGCUGUUCGUCCAGACGCUAAUCAUGGCCUUGUUGUGAAAUCAGCAGACAAUAAGACUGGAUCUGAGACAUCGUCGACGGAAGAGCCAGCUUCAUCCGAGGCUGAUAAUGGUGUCGAAGCGAAUGCUUUGCCGACUGGGAACGACCUGUUCGCUGAGAAUUUGAUUCUUCGACAAUGUAUACACGAGACGAGUCAGAUGCAGAACGACCUUAGUCAGGACGUUGAAAAGAUGUGGCAGUUAAAAACGGAACUUGAGAAUGCAGUCGAAGUCCUCAAAGGCGAAAUUUGGUCCUUGAACAGCCAGUUGAAAGCGUCUAUCCUGGAUCGAGAACAACUGCAGGAUCGUGUGGUGCAAUUGGAUACGUCGCUGGAAGCAGAGAAGAAGAGAGCCGAUGCUCUUGAUUGUGAACUUUCCGAACAGGCAAGCCGCCUUGAUUGGGAGCCAUUUCAAAUUUUGUUCUUGGACUGGACCUCCAUCUACACCUACAAUUAUUCUGAUUUCAUUAAGUUUUUACAGACGGAGUUGACAGAAAAAGCGUCCCGACAGGCAGCAGAAGCUGAAAAUGAAAGCAACCGUCGUUUGGCCGAAUGUCUCGAGAUGGAGACUCGAAGGGAGCAAGUGGAGAAGGCAUAUGCUCAGCUCAGCGAAUACUACAGUCAACUUCAGUCCGCUUACAAUGUGAUCUAUGCAAAAUUGAAGCAGAUCGAGACGGAGAAAGCUCUAGCCGAAAGCGAACAACAGGCUGCUAGCUCUUCCACGCAAGACAAAAAUGUAGAACAUGUGGUGAAUACAAUGAUAUCCGAGCUGCAUCUGAAUGUGGAUGACGGUCUGAGUCUUCAUGGAAAAGUCCUCUUGAUUCAGAAAGUGUUGCGAGAGAAACUUGUUGAGCUGGAGCAGCACCACUUGGCAAUAGCUGAACAUCGACGAACGAACGAAGUACUCAACGAGCAACUCAAAUGUCUUGAGGAGCAAUCACAGAAAGCUGGUUGUGAGACUGUAGAUAUGAUGACGCGUCUGAAGCAGCUCGAAGGAGAACUGGAAUGGAAGAAAGACGAAUGUAAUAGUCUGCAUAGACGAGCCGAAGAGUUGCAAGCAGCUAUCGACCAGCUGGUGGAGCGAAACACUGAAACAGAUGCUCUGGCGACAUCGCGACUACGCAUUGAGCUGGCCAUUUUAGCUGCCAAGUUGGCAACUCGCCAAGCAGACGUCGAUGCGCUCUUCCGUGCCAAUGCCGAGCUGGUGCACACCAACGUCCGUUUGCAGAACGAGCUGGAUGAGACCGAAGAGAGGGCUACCACCAGUGAUCAGGAUAUUAGGAUUCGCGAUUUGCAGGCCGAAUUGUCUGCGUCGCGAAACAAUGAAGAGUCACUCAGACGGCAACUGGAAGAAGUUAGAUCCAUUCUCAACGAAACAGAGCAGAAACUCGAAGAAUUUGCUUCUGAGAAGGAUAGGUCCAGUCGGCAGGCUGAUGUGCAGCUACAGACACGAGAGCAACCUGAGACACUGUCCCGACCUGCAGAGUGCUUGUCUGCAGCAACAAGUUUGGAGGAGUCUCUGAAAGAAUCUGUUGGAUUGCAGGAGGAGGUUGAACGACUGCAGGCUAUCGAAAAACUGCUUAAUGAGCGAAUCAUGUGCUUGGAAGAUCAGCUGCUUGAGGUGGAGGAGAAGCUUCAAGAAACAGAGGAGGAGUUUAUUAGCGAAAGGCAGAAAGUGGAGGCAUUGGAAGCUGAGAAACAACCCAGCUCGAGAGAAGUGGAACAAGCUGAUGUCUCCAUUCAGAGUGACAUUGAUGACAGCAGUCAGUUGUGUACUGCCUGCAAGACACGUGAGCAGCAUGCUGAAAAGUCAAAUGAAGACGAGUGGGGAUCGGAAGCGGCGAGCAGCACUGCACAACACCUUAGAAGCGUCACUGAACUGUCUAAAGUGAAGGAAGAGCUGGAGAAAAUUCGAAAGCAGUUGACAGAACAGAAGUUGAACCCAACUGAGCUGAGUGCUGUUGUGAAAGAAUUCCAGGCACUGCAACAACUUUUGAGAGAAAAAGAUGAGUUGUUUGCGGCCGGAGACAAGCCAGAACAGCAGUGGGGCUGGGAUGAUGCCCAACCUGAAGUCACUGUUGAUACAUCUGCUUUGCGAGACAGGCUUUCGGAAAUGGAAUCGAUUGAGCGUCAACAGCAAGAGACGAUACGAGCGCAGGAAAGCAGAAUCAGAUCACUGGAGGAAGAACUGAGUACUGCUGAUGCCUGUCGAGAGGAGCUAGAGGACGCCACGGAGCAGGUCAACACGCUGCAAAAGGAGUUGAGAGAGAUGAAGAAACAAGCCCAAGUGUAUAGUGAAGAACAACAACGUCUGGUGAACAGAGUUUCUGAGUUGGAAGCGAAAACUGAAAACGCAUGGGGUGACGAAUGGGAUAGCGCAGAUGGCGGAACUGAUGAAGGAAAGGAGGAGUUGGAGCAGUCAAGAUUGGAUGCUCAUCAACGUAUUGCCGAGUUGGAGCUGCAGAUCGAGCAGAAGGUAUGUGCUCUGGUGGAUGCUGAAAAGGAAUUGGCGAUGUUGCGAGAACGUCUUCAGGCAAAAAAUUCUGAUCUACCAGCUUCUGAUGAGCAGGCGUCCAGAAAUAUAGAGAGUGCGUUGGAAGAAGAACGUCAACGAAGGGAAGAGGCGGAGGCACUUGCAGAAAAUUUACGACAGGUUGCUGCAACGUUGAGAAGUCAAGUUGAUGAUCUCCAAGAGAAGCUUCUCAACGGAAUGGAAUCUGCUGAAAAGCAGCUUAUUCAGCUCAAUGAACUGAAUUCUGAGAAUGAGCGUCUUCGGAAAACUAUAGCUUCGCGAACAGAACUGGUGGAAGCCGAGCAUCAACGGAGCGAGUCGGAACUUGAGACCUUGUGCGAGGAGCGCCGAAGAAUUCAAAACGAGCUCUCUAGCGCGGAAAACGAGAAGAUCCGUCUGGAAGAGCAACUGAUGGCGUGUGAGAUGAAAUGCGACGAUCUGAAGAUCGAAUUGCAGCUGCAGAAAGCAAACAAUACGGAACUCACGGGCUUGCACGAGGAAGCCAAGAAACGUUGCGAGGACGCCCAGAUAGCGCUUAAGGCUGUUGAGGCAGAAAAUUCUGCAUUACUUGAACGCUUAAGAAAAGCAGAGGCCGAACUGAAUAAGUUGCAGUGUCAGCUGCAAGAGACGCUAUCGCAUUGUGAGCAAAAGGGACUUAGUUCCGACGACGAGGUCCACGGAAAUGCUUCUCAGUGGGAGCGGCUAGAGAAGAUACUCAGUGAAGUACGACGAGAACUUGAAGAGAAGGAAUUGCAAAACUCCCUGCUGAAGGAUAGCGAGGCUCGACUUCUCGACUCAGUCGAUGAGUACGGUCUCCAAGCUGAGAACUAUCAAAAGGAAGCUGAGCGAUUACAAAACGUUGUCGAUCAGUUGGAAAGGGAGAGAUUGGAACUUGAGGAAGAAGUUGAGAAGAUGCGAAACAGCCAUGAUCGUCUUGGAGAGGCAGAGAACAAAGUGAGGGUGAUGGAGAGGGAACGAAAAGAACUCGAGGAACGCUUGAAACAUCAGAGUACCUCGACGGCAUCUUCCUCCAUUCACGAUACUGAAGAAAUGUCCAAACUUAGCAAUCAACUGAACAUGCUGACGGCUGAAAGGAAUGAGCUGCGCACUCGACUUCAGGACGCGGAAUCCCGUCUGCAAGUCUCAGCCCAGGAGAAAGUUGCCAUCACCCGCUCGUAUGAACAGCUCCGAGCUCGUCUGGCAGCUCGCCGUCAAAAGUUGACUUCUUCUGGUGAAACGACAUCGCGACCUCCGUCAGCAGCUAUCUCGGAACAAGAUGUAUCGGAAGGUUCCAGGCGAGUAGAAGAAUCUGUGCCGCCAUCCCCGAGUGCUUAUGUUUCGCAGCAGGAGGCCUCGAUUGGACAUCACAACUACCGUGAAGCUGUUUUUGCAUUCAUAGACGAUGUUCAGCGCUUUCUUGACGAACAAGAUGAGAUCUUCGAUGUCUUGACUGCAGCUAUUGGUGAGCAGCCAAGUCUCAAGAAGUACAGAAGCCAACUAAGCUCAUCGAGCACUGAACUUUUAUUAGCCUGA